AUGGAGAUUAUGAGCCAGCGAAAGCCGCCGCGAGUCGGUCGCACCAAAACAGGGGACCUCCGCCUCUCGACCUAUCCGACAGCUUUGCGCUGGGGCGAUAACGUGACCAAUGAGGCUCUGCCGAGGUGCGUUUAUUGCUGGUUGAAAACUUUUCCCAAUUGCCCGCGAUGGAAUCUGAAACACGAGCUCCAUACGCAAUUUUUGGACGGCCCGAGGGGCCAGAAGGACUGAAACCAGAAAAAAAGCUUGCUUUUGAGAUUUUACUUUAGUGUUUGGGCUUUUCUUCUAGCUUGCUCACACACUUUCUGAAAGUCUGGAUGUGUGUGCUUUAGAACCGCUACCUGCGCAAACUUCCAGUUUUCGACAUAUGGUUUUUCGAAACUGCGUAUUUUAACUUUUAAGGCUAACUUGUCGAACUUGGAAAUUAUUUAUCUCGAAACUAGAAGUUGGCGCAGGUAUAUAGCGAAUGUGUGGGAUCUUCACCUAGAUAUUCAGAGAUUAUUUAAUCGAAUCUGUACGGAUUAGAAAACUUCAAACUGCUAAAUAAAAUUACCUUCCUUGUUGUAGGAAUUUCGCCUUGUUCUUUAAUACAGAAAAAAAAAGUUUAUUUUUUGUUUUCGAUCUCCUCUUGGGUUAUUGUCUGUUGAAAUUUUCAACUUAUUGACCGAUAUUAUAAUAUAUUUUGAGAUUUUGAAAAUAUUUAGACCCAUACAACUGAGAUCGUGCUUUUCGCAGCCCUGGCUUUAUACUAUUCUUGUUUAUCCGUCUCUUUUCAUUUUUUCAAUGUUUGAUGUUUUAUCCCGGUGUUCAAAAACAGGAUAUUGUUGGAAUGUGAACAGCGAUCCUCAAUAAUAAACUCUAUUAUUGUUCAAAAAAGUUUUUUUUAAUUUUCAAAAGUUUGUAAAGAUUUCUAAACGAGCAAAAACAUUUUGUAGUCCGUCAAUAGAAGUUGAAAGAGAACAGGAAUAUAGUAAACAAGCUGGAAAUCCUAUAAAAGCCUUGGUUCAACCAAAAAUUUCAACCCAUCGUUCUCUUUUCAACAUGGAAUUCCUGGUUUGCUUUUCAGUAUAUUUUUGUAAUUUUCAAACUUUUUAGAAAUAUCUUCUUGCUCUUUUGGUCCUGAUCGCCGUCGUCUCGGCUCAAAAUCCCAUUUUCGGGGAUGACGACAAGGAGGCGGCUGAAGAACUGAGGAGAAUCCUUCGUGAGAAGGGCCUUAUCCCUUGA